AUGCCAUACUUAGUUGCAUUCAGACCAGCUGUGCUGGUAUUUUUCUUCAUUAGACAACCUAUUGGUGCUGGACUAUUGGCAGGCGGAUUCUUGUUUUGGCAAGCUGACAGACAUUUCAACUUUGGUAUCAGAGACAAUAUUCACAACUUCAAACAGACAAUUUUAGGAUUCCCGACACAAGCAUCCAAAUGGGAGACUUUCAAACAAGUAGAUGCACAAAAAAGAGCUCAGCUAGUAUCCGGUCCAUCUGAGGAGCACUGA